AGCUCUCAUUCGCAGACAGCAGCAGCAUCGGAGCGACGCUUCAGCCGAGACAUGAGCGGACGAGUCGGAGACCUGAGCCCCAAGCAGGCCCAGACCCUCACCGAGUUUCGGGAGAGGAUUCAAGAUGUCCUCCCCAGCCUGCCGGCUCAGCAUGACCACUACCUCCUCCGAUGGCUCCGAGCUCGUAACUUCAAUCUUCAGAAAUCAGAGAACAUGAUCAGGAAGCAUGUGGAGUUCAGGAAGCAGAUGAAAGUGGACACCAUCAUAACUGACUGGAAGCCUCCAGAGGUUAUUGAGAAGUACGUAUCCGGUGGGAUGUGCGGCUACGACCGAGAGGGGAGUCCCAUCUGGUACGACGUGAUUGGCCCUCUGGACCCCAAAGGCCUGCUGCUGUCAGCCACCAAACAGGACUUCCUGAAGACGAAGAUCAGACACAUCGAGAUGCUGCAGCGGGAGUGUCGGAGGCAGUCUGAGAAGCUCGGGAAGAACAUAGAGUCCAUCACUCUGAUUUAUGACUGUGAAGGACUUGGACUGAAGCACAUUUGGAAACCUGCUAUUGAGACUUACGGAGAGGUCCUCACCAUGUAUGAAGACAACUACCCUGAGGGGCUGAAGAGGUUGCUCCUCAUUAAAGCUCCAAAAAUGUUUCCGAUGGCCUACAACCUGAUCAAACACUUCCUGUGUGAGGAAACGCGACGGAAAAUCGUGGUUUUAGGAAGUAACUGGCAGGAAGUGCUGCGCAAGCACAUCGACCCGGACCAGCUUCCUGUGGUGUACGGAGGAACCCUGACCGACCCUGACGGAGACCCUCGCUGCAGAACGAUGAUCAACUACGGCGGGAACGUUCCCAAGUCUUACUACGUGCAGGAGUCGCUGAAGGUUCAGUACGACAGCAGCGUCACCAUCAGCCGCGGCUCAAGCUUGCAGCUGGAGUACGACGUCGCUGCCCCCAGCAGCCUCCUCAGGUGGCAGUUUGCCAGCGAUGGCGCAGACAUCGGGUUUGGAGUGUACCGGCGCACCAAGGACAGCGGGAGUCAGAAGGUAGCCGAGAUGGAGCAGGUUCUUCCCGGUGAGCGGUACAAUGCUCACAUGGUCCCAGAAGACAGCUGCCUCACCUGCUCGGAGCCGGGAGUCUAUGUGCUGUGUUUUGACAACAGCUACAGCAUCCUCCAGUCCAAGAAGGUUAGCUACAACGUGGAGGUGAUUCCUCCUGCGGAUGAACAGCUGCAGACUCUGUGCAGCAGAGGGGACGUGAGGCUGCAGUGAGGACACGCAAAUGUUACAUCUCACAUUUUGGUCACCUCGCUGCCUCACGACGACUGGAUUUAACCUCAGCGUCUCUCAGUGCACUGCGCGUUAGUUCCUAAUUGUUUGGAGCCUUAAUUGUAAAGCUGAUUAAUGUGAGGAUGAGAAGCAGUACUGUGAAUGCAGUGCACCGAAACCGUGCCAGAAUGAUUCAGGACUGAACCACAGAGGUCAGUUCAAGCAGUCCAGCUGAGAUUCCAUAGUUAUCAAAGUAUGCAUUGCAUUAACUAGAUUAUGAUAAGUGCAUGUUAAUUAAUAAUGAUAAUUUUUCAGAUAAUAUUUAUUUUUGGAUCAAUUUCCUGCAUGAUUAGCUAGAUCAUGAACACAACACAUUUACACUUUUGGGUGAUCCAGAGUCACCAGUAACAGCUGCCUCACACCACCUGGUUGUAUUUUCAGCACUUUGCUGAACUUUGUUGAGUUCUGCUUUUAAAGUCGAUGUAUAUAACAGCAGGACCUGCCAUGUUCACCAGCGGUGGAGCUAGAAAUUUCCCGUUGCUCACUCAGAAGUGGCCAACAACUGAGCGGCACCAGAGUUCAGAGCACAACAUCAGUAUUGUAUUCAUAAAUUUAUGCUGUCUAAUCAUAUUUCACUGCUGCCACCAGCUGUUUUGGAGGUGUGGUCGAUGACAGGUUACUCUCUGGCUCCGCCCCUUCUCUUCAUACCUUCUACCCACCAUUUCCAGACAGUAAAGCAAUCUGGAAUGUGAGGUAAAGAAAAUGAGGUGCGUGUGAGGGGAACGUGAUCUCAUGUCUUGGUUUCUUCUGAAGUCAGAGUCUGUGCAGUAAAACAAGGUAUCCCACAGACGCUGAAUCACUUUUUUCUUCUUGACUUGUGGCCUAAAGUCACAAAUGUGUACUAACCCCAGUAUUACCCUGGAAACCAGCUCUCUCCCUGGUCUUUUACCAUAAGGGACAGCAUUUCCUCCACAUGGGAAGGAGUCUGCUGAAGUGCGUCCCACUGGGAGGAAUCCUCAGUCCCAGAAUCUCAUGCAGUUGAACUCGAUAUUAGCCAAUUCUUUGCAAAUGAACCUGUAAGAUUUUUGUCAGUGUCAAAAACAAAAAUGAGACAUUUAUUCAAAUUUAGACCUGUACAUUUCCUCAGUAUUUAGUAUAAUCUCCUUGAACCCUUAUGAAUUAGGUGAAAUGUUUUCGGAUAUCUUUCCACAAGAUCAGGGGUUGGUGAUGGCCUUUGGUCAUCCUUAAAACCUUCUGUGCUUGUGAUUGAUGUUUGUUUGAAAUACCCACUCCUGACUGAUGUUAUGGUACCACCUACAGUAUUGUGUACAGUGCACCAGCCUCUAGAAGAAAAUCCCUCCCCAACAUGCUGCUGACACCUCCUUUCUUCAGUUUAUGUGAAGAAACACUAAAUUUUAUGUACCAAAACAUGUUCUUCUGGCGAUAAUCCAUCUGAUUCCUGAAAAGACUCUUUAAAUUUUUCCCAGAUUUGGAUAGAAUUGUUUGAAAAGAUAACUGUGGCUCCUAAAGUCUUUUGGAAAUUGUAUCCAUCUUAGCUGCCUUUUCCCCCAUGAUGUCAAGCAAGGAAGCAGUCUGCAUAAAGUGUUGCCUUAACACAUAUUCACCGAGUGAGAAUAAGUGAUUAUUCAUAUUUUUAAGUAAUGUAAAUAUCUAGUUUUAAUAUUCUUUGUGUGCAAUCUGUUAAUGAAACCACUUGACUGAUCUUUGUGUGUUGACCUGUUUUUAAUAGCAGCCAAAAAUAAAAAAUAAAAAACAGGAGGGAGAUGCCACUGAAGUAUUGACUCUGCAAGCUAGAAACUGUUAGGGCAUGUCAUAAAUUUAUUUUAAUUUAUGAACGCUUCAUUACGUCAAGGUUAAUGUUGAAAUGUUGCAAUAAAAACCUAUUGUGUUUAAAUAUGCCAAA